AUGACGGAGCAGAUCGUAGUAAACGACGGACAAUUUACUGAGACAACACCCAUUUUGCAGAGCGAAGAUACUCACGAAACUGAACCAACGGCCGAAGAAUUAACAACAUUGCACCGCAUUUCUGAUCAUAUACCUCUAGCAGCUCGGCUGAUUAUUGUUUGUGAAUUUUGUGAACGGUUUGCUUACUUAGGACUUGUUGGCGUAUUUCAAAAUUAUAUUCAAUUUCCGGUACCUGGUCCACACGAUAAACAACCAGGUGCUCUCGGUCGUGGACAACGUAUUGCUACCUUAUUGACAACAUCCUUUCGGUUCUGGUGUUUUGUGACGCCAACUCUUGGUGCUAUUUUAGCAGAUCAAUACUGGGGCAAAUACAAGACCAUUUUCUUGGGAUGUGUGGUGUACUUAAUAGGACUUUUGUUGCUCGUCUUGAGCAGUACACCAUUCGCUAUUCACGCAAACCUUGCCUUUCACGGUUUGAUCGUGGCGGUGAUCAUUCUGGGUUUAGCAAUUGGUGCUUUAAAAAGUAAUGUUAGUCCACUGAUGGCUGAACAAUAUACUAGAAAAAAACCAAUCGUCAAAGUAAUCAGCGGUGAAAAGAAAAUUAUCGAUCCAAAAGUAACAGUGCAGUCGAUGUUCAAUUGGUUCUAUUGGUCAAUUUAUUUAGGCGCACUAUCAUCCAUCAUUACCACUAACAUCGAAAAAUACUAUUCGUACUGGCUCGCCUAUUUACUACCUAUGAUGGUAUUCAUCCCGUGUGUCGUCAUUUUAGUUAUUGGUCGCCGUCGAUUCAUUCGAAAACCUCCAAACGGUUCAUUAUUCAUCCAUGCGUGCCAGAUCACAAUAAGGGCCACGUAUAUGCGAUACAAACUAGGUAAACAAAAUGAUAGGCAUCAUUUUUUGGAUUAUGCGAAAGCAAAUUCAUGGAAAACAAUUCACGAUGACCAAGCAAUUGCGUGCGAAUCAAACGACAAUCAGUUUAUUGAAGAUCUAAAGCAAGCAUGGGAUGCUUGUCGUGUAUUUGCGUUCUUUCCAGUUUAUUGGACGUGUUGUCUUCAAACGACGAACAAUAUGAUAUCUCAAGCAGCACAAAUGAAUGUUGGUCCUCUUCCCAAUGAUGUAUUACAAAAUGUUCUUUCAAUUAUUGCUCUUGUUUUCAUUCCGAUUUUCGAUCUACUCAUUUAUCCUGCGCUUCGAAGAUAUAAAAUUAGUUUUACCUCGAUCUCCCGUAUGACGUGUGGCUAUUUUCUUGUUUCCAUCGCCAUGGCUUGGACUGCAUUUGUUCAACAUUUAAUUUACUCCACAGGUCCGAACUACGACUACACAACUAAGCCUUGCCACGAAUGUCAAAAAUUCAAUAAUAUUACUGUCGCUUGGCAAAUUCCAUCAUAUUUUUUUAUCGGUGUCUCCGAAGUUUUUGCAGCCAUAACCGGUCUUGAGUACGCGUACACAAAAGCACCGGCAUCGAUGAAGUCCGUUGUCGUGUCAUUCUUUCUCUUGACAACAGCAAUCGGUAGUGCCUUGAGUUUUGCAUUUCUACCACUUGCCAUUGACCCAAAAUUGCUGUGGAUGUAUGUAUCACUAGCAGUUGUGACAUUCAUCAUGGCUACUCUGUUCUUUCUCUGCUUUCGCAAUGAACAGAAGAAAGAAGCCGAAAUCUAA